GGCUCUCGAUGCAUCAUCCUGUUAGAGAGCCAUGCAAAGGAGACAUCUCCAGGAAAUUCCAGAUUCGGGCAGCAACGUCUCCACUAGCUUCACGUGGGCAUGGGAUCCCAGCAAGACAUCAGAGCUGCUCGUGGGCAUGGGAGUGUCUGUCCUUCAAGAUAAGCUAGCCAAUGAGAAUACUCCCCAGGAGCUGCUGAUGUGCGUGGGCCCGCCCCCUAAACGACAGAAGGUGAAGGACAAGGAAUUUGUGAUUGCCCGUAGACUAAGGCUGCUUCGAGAGUUGGCACCAGGUGUUUCUUGGGAUACCUUGCCUGAUGAAUUGUUGUUGGGGAUCUUCUCCUGCUUAUCCUUAGCUGAUCUGCUAAAAGUUUCCCAGGUUUGCCGGAGAUGGCACCGACUUUCAAUUGAUGAAUCGCUUUGGAAAACCCUCGAUCUUACAGGGAAGAAUCUGCUGCGGGGAGUGAUCGGACAGUUGCUGCCCUUGGGGGUCACUGCCUUCCGUUGUCCGAGGUCCUGCAUUGGGAAUCCUUUGUUUAAAACAAGCAGACUUCUUCAUGUGCAGCAUAUGGAUCUGUCCAAUUGUACAAUCCAAGUUGCAGACCUCCAGAGUAUUCUUGAUCGGUGUCAGAGCCUGCAGAACCUCAGCUUAGAAGGGCUCAACCUUUCCAGCGACAUUGUUCGAAAAAUAGCGCAGAACCCCUACUUGAUACGAUUGAAUCUCUCUGGAUGCUCCGGAUUCUCUGCGGAAAGCUUGGAUGCCAUGUUGAACAGCUGUCACAGGCUUGAAGAACUGAAUUUGGCUUGGUGCGACUUUACUAUCGAUCAUGUAAGAACAGUGGUUAGCCAUAUUCCUUCUACUGUAACACAGCUCAACCUUAGUGGAUACAGACAGAAUUUACUGAUGUCAGACGUUAAAUCAUUACUAGAGAGGUGUUGCAAUCUCAUACAUUUAGAUUUAAGCGACAGUGUUAUGCUGAAACCCGAAUGCCUUCAGUACUUCUGCCAGCUCUCUUAUCUCACGCAUUUGUCUCUUAGUCGAUGCUACCAGAUACCUCCUGCAGCCUUACUUGAACUUGGUGAAAUUGCUACACUCAAAAGUCUCCAGGUUUUUGGGAUAGUGACUGCCACCUCUCUCCAGCUCCUGAAGGCAACACUUCCUCAUAUAAAGAUUAACUCCUCCCAUUUUACAACUGUUGCAAGGCCUACCACUGGCUACAAAAAGAACCAAGAAAUUUGGGGAAUCCAGUGCAGACUGAGUUUAAGAACCACACCUGGUUUUUAA